GGUGGGCCCCAUGAAGACCAAAGGCUGGAACAGGUGGCGCUCUUCGAUAGCCGCCAGCCCUACCGAUCGUGUUCGAAAGGAGUGGCCCCAGGGGCAAUUCAGUGAUUGCGGUGCGGGCGAAGAAGAAGAGGAAUCAUCGAGUGAAGACGCGAGCAAGAGAGUGUACUUGGAGCCCAUGCGAAUCCGGCUCGAUCGAGGGGGAUAUGGGAGUGAGUGAGUAAAGAAAGCUUAAAUAGUACAAGAAAGUUGUUGUUUACGAAGGGAAUCGUAUCAAGAUGAAAAUCUUUUCUGCGGGGCACUCGAUGGCAUGCUCAGCAAAAAGCUGCAGGGCGGAAAUUGAAAAGAAAAGAAGACGGAAGAAGGAAUGCCACAGCGGUAGCAGUGAUGGAUGCGUGGAUCGAUGGCUGCUGUUGGACAGGAAACAUCUCAUUGAUUUGUGUGACGGUGUGAGUAGAAUCAAUAUGAAUGUCUCUGUGAAUUCCAAUCGGUCAGAGCAUUGGCAAAUGAGAUUGGACAGUUAUUGUACCUUUAUUUCUCGGGAAAGCCAAAUUUGCUGACAGCAAAACUGUCACCGGAAGUAGUGAGCACAGUACCGUAGGCUCUCUGUCUGAGGUGACUCGGGUUUUGAAUUUCACCCGUUCCCUUGGAUGAUAGGUUGCUGGAACAGUGGUUAGGGACAAUGAGUUCUGUGAGGAGUGAAAACGUGAAGAGGGGAAUUUUUCUUUGCUUAUCUUUUAACUCCGUUUGGCGUGAUCGAUAUAUUUGCCUUGUCAUCCAGCUUCCCUCUCUCCAGUAGCACGGCAGGGCAGGUUGUGUUGAUCAUCUUGAUUUUCUAGGACGGAAUAAGUUUCUCUCUUUUUCCUCAUCUUUAUCGUUUUUCAGCACCGCCCCAUCUUCUUCUGUUAUCAGUACGGAACAGAGUAUCAUGUAUUUCUCUCCUUUUCCACGUUUGCCUUUCACCAGUGCCGUCCCACCUUCUCCUUCCAUCAGCAUCUGCAUCGCCCUCAACUCUGAUGUCUACAAAGUUUCACGAGUUGUUCUUCCGUUUCUUACUUCUGAUACUCUUGCGUUGGUUUUUCAAGCUUUACAAGCCUAACUUGCCUUUUAGUUAACCCGACAUUGUUUGAUGGAUGUCCAUUUAUGUGCAUAACAUAUUAUGCUAGAACUCGAAGAGUACUAAGGCUAUUAAUAAAAGAGGAUGGGAAGACCACAUCAUCAAUUUUUACAUGGAUGAAUCCAAAACAUGUACGAUGUGUCUAGCACCAAUAGCCUUAGAAUGGAAAAUAUGUCGUAAAAAAUAAAAUAUUCCUAUUGUACAAGCAAAACGUUCUAUAU